UGAUUUUUACUGCAGUUCUCUCAUGUCCCGAGACUUAUCGUCUUAUCUUUCUCUAGACAGCCUUAUCUUCGUGACUGUGUCAGAGCUGCAUGUCCAACUAUUUCUCAGAAAGAAACAGUAGAGGACAGACCACAAUGAUGCUCUCUGCUAUUUUCUUACUCACGACUGUAGCAGGGUGUGUCCUGGCAGCACAGGAUCAGCAAGGACUCCAGGAUGGAAGUCACACAGCACUCGUGGCUACAGUAGAAAGUCUCUUGGAGAGAAUACAAGGUCUCGAGGACUUGGUCAGAAGUCAGGGUCAGAUAUUUAUUUCUGAAAAACAACAGUGGCUGGCAGAGAAGGAGUCUUUGCAGAUAAGAGUUGAACGCCUGGAGACACUGUGCUCAUUUAAUGAUGUCUUUCCAGAAAAAAGCACAACAGAUGGAAACGAGGCUGUACGUCUGGCGAAAGACAGUCAAACCCACGCGCGUGCUGUCUUUGUUCGGUCAGACGACAGCGACCCUCUGGUGCCGGUGGUGACUCAGUUGACAGCAAGGGUUAACGAAGUCAGUGCCGGCCUGCAGACUGUGAAGAAUGAAGUUGUCGAGGCUUCCACGUCUGUCUACGUCCACUGGGGAAGUUCCACGUGUACAAGCUCUGCUGCUCUCGUCUACUCCGGCGAAAUCGGAGGAUCUUUCUUUGACACGACAGGAGCGGCAGUCAACUACCUGUGUCUGCCCCUCACUGACCUCACCCUGGCUGACAGUUCAACCGUUAAUGACGCACAGCUGUAUGGAGGGGAGUAUGAAACCCAAGAUGCACACCAAGAAAAAGAUCCCCUGUGUGCAGUGUGUCGAUCGUCGCGCGCCACCAAUGUGAUGAUCCCGGCGAAGACGGUCUGUCCGGCUGGCUGGACCUCGGAGUACAUCGGGUGGCUGAUGGGGGGAUGGCCUGGACACAACGCUGCCUCUGAAUUCAUCUGUGUGGACUCCAAGAUGGAGGAGAGGAUCGGCAGUGAGCGAAACGACAACGGGAAGCUGUUGUACUACACUGUCACCGUGUGUGGGAGCCUGCCAUGUCCUCCCUAUGUCAACGGGAAGAAGGUGACCUGUGUCGUCUGCUCCAAAUAGAAAACCAUCAAAGAAAUAUCAGAAGAGACAGUCGACCCUCUCUACCCGCUCCAUUCAAAGACAAUAACUACUCAAGUUUGUGUUGUAUGAAAACUGAUUAUUUCGUCACUUAAAAAUUCCAAAACUCCGAACAAUAGCCGUUCUUAUAACAACACUGUCAGGUUUGUGGAGGUCAAUAGCAAAAGGACAAGGUCUUAUGUUGAAACAACCACAGAGGAGUUAACUUUAAAGACUAACACGAAAGUUAUGCAAAGAUCGCUGAAAAUGGACAAUAAAGUAUUAUAAAACGUA